AAGAGGGAGGGUGAGUGGAGAGCCAGAGAGAACUGGCGCUCAAGUGUGAGUGAGAGAGCAGGCAGAACGCAGCGAGCGAGGGUCUCCUGUAACCAUUGGCACUUUGAUACAUUUCAAAGCCUUGCUUUCUCCACUGAAGAAUCAGACCGAAUGCGGUUAGGCAUCUGAGACUCAUACUCAUGACGGCAGCCAAAUGAAUGGGCUUUUUUUUUGAGGAUUGAUACUUGUCAGAGGCGGCUGUAAUUGAGGAUGGCUUUUUGAGAGACCUGCUGGGUAAGAGGGAUCCUAACAGUGACUUUAGAUCUACAACAGCCCACAAAGUCAAAAAAGGAGAGGAAAAUUCACAAUGGAUGGAUUUCCUUGGAUUUGUUGGCAGUGCUGAUCUGUUUUUCACUUUGUUGAUGUAUUUGGGUCUCUAAGAUUCUACCUUAAGUGGUAAGGAGUUCAGGUAUACCUCAGCUCCACCCUGGACCACACAAACUAUCUGGAGGAGGUCUGGAGAGCAUGGGGAAAUCAAACAGCAAGCUCAAACCAGAGGUGGUGGAGGACCUGACCAGGAAGACAUACUUUACAGAGAAAGAGGUUCAGCAAUGGUACAAGGGCUUCAUAAAAGACUGCCCGAGUGGUCAGCUUGAUGCUGCAGGUUUCCAGAAGAUCUACAAACAGUUCUUCCCCUUUGGCGACCCCACCAAGUUCGCCUCAUUUGUCUUCAAUGUUUUUGAUGAGAACAAGGAUGGACGGAUUGAGUUCUCAGAGUUCAUUCAGGCCCUGUCUGUGACCUCACGUGGGACCUUGGAUGAAAAGCUCCGCUGGGCCUUCAAGCUCUAUGAUCUUGAUAACGAUGGCUUUAUCACACGUGAUGAAAUGCUCAAUAUCGUGGACGCCAUCUAUCAGAUGGUGGGAAACACAGUGGACCUUCCAGAAGAAGAAAACACGCCAGAAAAGAGGGUGGAUCGCAUUUUUGCCAUGAUGGAUAAGAAUGCUGAUGGGAAGCUGACCCUACAGGAGUUCCAAGAGGGAUCAAAGGCAGAUCCCUCGAUUGUACAAGCUCUGUCACUCUAUGAUGGCCUGGUAUAGUAGCAGCUUGCCUUAAGGAUACAGGUACUGCAAAGGAGCCAGUGUGGUACCAUCCCACAAUGCCAUGCAAGGAGAUGUGUCUUCUUCAUUUGAACUCUCAUUCUGGACUCUUAAGACUGAGAAUUACAGGAGAGAAGAGUUCAUCCUUAUCUUCUCACAA